AUGUCUAAUUCUUGUGCUAAUCCAAAUAAUCUUCACUAUAAUUUACUACCGAUAUUAGAUAAUAGGGUCUCAGAUACUCCUAGAAUAUUUAUUAGAAAUAAAUCAAUAAAUUUUCAGAUAUCUACGCCUCUAAUAAAUUAUACAAGAGUUUACAAGACACCUGGAAGAAUACCAGCAUUACUUACACCUCAAAUUUAUAAUUCUAUAUCACCAAUGAAAACAAGAAAUUUACCUUGUCAGCAAUCACAGUAUCCAGUUCAAAUUCCCGAUUUACCUUACUGUAUUCAGCCACAAUUUGAGAACUGUUUUAAUAGUAAUGAUAUGAACAUUUCUCUAGUAAAUGGUUUUGGUAUGGAUAACCAUAACCCUAAAGAUAAGAACACUAAGGAAGACUUUAAGAGAGUAACAGACAAUAAUAUUGAAACCAUAAUAUCAACAAAUCACUCAACACCAAUUGCUUCCAGUAGAAUUAAGGAAAAUUCCAAUAUAUCCCCUAUAGUAAACGAUUCAACAGGUGAUGAUUCAGACUAUCAGUAUUACAAUGAAUCUAGUUCUACAUUUUCAGAUAUUACAUGUGGUGAUAUUAUGAGUGAAACUAUACAAGCUAAUAUUCAAGAUGAGAAUUUAUCUAUUAGCAGUAAUUAUUUAAAAUUUUUAUCACCUAGUUUAGAUAAAUCUAUGAAGGAGGCAAUGAUUGAUAUUCAAGUUUCUAUGGAACUUGCACCCAACUCUCAAAUUUCAGAAAAAAAAUUGGAUCAAAGACCAUACUCUAGUAGUAUUAGAUUAUCUCAAAUUGAUAAUGUACCUUUGGAUAGUAGAACUGACAAUGAAGAUAUUAAUUAUGUGAAAUUUGACAACCAUAGUAUACAGAUUGAUGACACAUCUACUCCUAAUGAAGUAAACUGGGAUGAAUAUAACUUUAAUUCUGAUAUCUUUGAGAUAUCAUGCCCUUCAUGUUUUAACUGCAUUAUUCCAUGGGGUAAAGUAGCUUAUGAUAGUGAUGAUGAGGCCUUUGUGACUGGUGUAUUACAUAUUGCUACAGAGACAACUCCUUUAUUAUUAGAUAGCUCCAACUAA